AUGAGUUAAAGCACUAGAGCCAGAGGCAGUAGUCAAUAGAGUUAGAUAUCGAAAAAAAGCAUUAGAAAAUAUAGUUCUGAUUACUAUGACUCAGAUGCAUCGGAUUCAGAACCUAUGACGAAGAAGAGAGUUGUAAAGAUAUGGACACCAGAGGAGGAUGAGAUGCUGUAAAACUUUUAUGAAAAAUUUAAUGGAAAUUGGACACAAGUAGCCCAAGCUAUACCUGGUAGAAAUCAAUCGUAAUGUUCACAAAGGUGGAAAAGAAUAAAUCCGAAUAGAAUUAAAAUGAGAAAAUAAUGGACGGAGGAAGAAGAUAGAUAAGUGUUACGGUUGAUCCAAAAGUUUGGGAAGAAUUGGAAAAGAAUUGAAAACGAAAUGAAUGGGAGAACUGGGAAAUAGAUAAGAGAAAGAUUUAUCAAUAAAUUAGAUAAAACUAUCAAUCACGAUCCCUUUGAUGAGAAGGAGGAUGAAGACAUAUAUAAUUUGUAUAUGAAAUUGGGUCCAAGAUGGAGUGAAAUAUCAAAGAACUUAAUAGGAAGACCUGAAAAUUCAGUAAAGAAUCGGUUUUAUUCUCAUAUAAAGAAACACUAUAAUGUUUAGACGAAGGAAUCGGAUUCAGAUGGUAAGGAGAUUACUCCUACACAGUAAUACAAUAAAUCUGAUUUAACAGGAAAGGAGUAUUUAAGAUCAUAGAAUGAAGAUAAAUAAUUAGAUACUAUACAGAGUUAGUUUGAGCAAGAAAACUCCAUUAACAAUUUAUAAUAGCAUAACCAUUACAUGUAAACCUCAUAUAAUGGACUUGGUAAAGGAGAUUCUCUCAAUUCAAAUGGAGACUUCUUGUAAUUUUCACAUUAGAUGAGUCUGGAAUAGAAACAACAUUAUGAUAUAGGCAUCGCUCAUCCUGAAUCCAAUAUAUUCCAAGAUGUCUUACUUCCUUAUCAAGAUUUAUUAGAUGAACAAGCAGAUUAAAUAUCAAUACAGAAGAAACAAUCAGGAACUCAAUAUCUGAGGACAGACAGCGAAAUCGUUCAUCUAGACUAUAAAUUUAAUAAAAUGAGUAUGGAAUAAGAAUGA